UUCUCUGAACGAUUUCAAUGUUGGAUGUGUUAUUUGGUGCUCAACAGAUUUGGGUCAUGACCACUUGGGUGAAAACAAUUUGCUAGGUCUUGGUACUGAUGCGACUGAAACUGAUCCAAAAAUAUCAUUUACGCCUGCUUAGUAUUAUCCUAAAAUAUCCUAUAAAUUUGUGACAGGAUUGUGGAAAUGGCUGGAGUUGGUCGAUCCAUUUUAUUGCUCAGCCUUUGAACUUUUUGCAACAAGUGCUACUCCAAAAACCCAUUAAACGUCAAUCCAGGAAUCUGCUUUGUGGCUGCUGCUACAAUGUCAAUAUUGCCAAAAUUACGUUGUAUCACUGUGGAUGUUACUGGUACUUUGAUAGCUUACAAAGGGGAACUUGGUGACUACUAUUGCAUGGCAGCCAAAUCUGUUGGGCUGCCAUGCCCUGACUACAAACGUGUGCAUGACGGCUUCAAACUUGCCUAUAAAGACAUGGCCAAAAAGCAUCCUUGUUUUGGGUUUACCACGAAAAUGCCCAACAUAGUGUGGUGGAAGACGUGUGUGAGAGACUCCUUUGUCAGGGCUGGAUAUGACUAUGAAGAGGAUACAUUUGAGAAGGUGUUCAGACGCAUAUAUGCAUCUUUUGGUUCAUCUGCUCCUUAUACUCUCUUUCCAGACUCCCAACCAUUUCUAAGAUGGGUGCGUGAACAGGGGAUUAAAGUUGGGAUUGUUAGUAAUGCAGAGUAUCGGUAUCGAGAUGUAAUUCUUCCAGCCAUGAAUAUCAACCAGGGAUCUGAAUGGGACUUUGGGGUGUUUUCUGGUCUCGAAGGUGUAGAGAAACCUGACCCAAGGAUUUACGAAAUUGCACUGGAGAGAGCUGGAAAUAUUGCACCGGAAGAAGUUCUGCAUAUUGGGGACAGCUUCCGCAAAGACUAUGUGCCAGCAAAGACUCUGGGAAUGCAUGCAUUGCUGUUGGAUAGAUUCAAGACGCCUGAUGCUGAGGAAUGGAGAAAAUCUGGUGCCAUUGUGCUUCCUGACUUAAUGGCAGCAAAAGAUUGGCUGAUUUAAUGGCAGCAAAAGAUUGGCUUACUUCAGGAAAGUCAAACUGCUGACUGGCUUUCUUCUCUCUCCUUCAUGAGUUACGUGGAUAAUUCUUCCCCAAAAUUUUGUUUUAUGCACAACAUCUGACUCAAAUUCUUCAGGGAUUUGAUUUGGGAGAAAUUAACCCUAGCUGCGAUUUUAAUGAACUUACUUAACAUUUCCAUU